GUCCGACCACCAACCCGGAAGUGUGAACUGCGAAGUGGAAGCCAGAAAUAUUUUGCCAGCUGGCUAACGUCAACUACAAUGUGGUUUCUAACACUAACAGUUAGAAUAAUGGACGCUAUCCGUCUUGGAUGGGAAACCAAACACACCAACCAUUUGGCGUAUUAACUACCGAACAAGACCUUCUAUUAUGAUGAGUAACCUCAGUUUACUUCCCCGUUAAAAUGAUGCAUCUUGUGUCAUCGUGUGUUUUUAUGAGUCAUCAGUUACAGGUGCAUCGCCGGCUCUACCAAACUCCUCCUGAGACCAUUAUAUCUGUCGGGCAAAACAUCCCUCGUGUCUGCUGAGCCCUGCGUCGCCUUAGUGCCAGAGCCCGCGACCCCGGGGGCCCGCCGUCAUGGCGCUCAUCGAGGGGGUGGGAGAUGAGGUCACCCUGCUGUUUGGGCUCCUGCUGGUCCUGAUGGUGCUGGUCCUGGCCUGGGCCUCCACCCACACCGCUGAAACCGCAGAGAGCAUCUUCAGCCCCCCCACCGCUGCCAGCGCCAGCUCCUCUCUGGAACAGCACGCCACCCUCGCCGCCACCACCACCACCACCACCACCGUCUCCUCCGACGCCGGCUCACAGACUCUGGCCCCGCCUCCCGGAGAGGAGGGCAAGACGGAGGGCGUGGAGGGGGAGAGGAGUGCGGGAGGGGGAAAUGGUGGAGAAGGAGGAGCAGCAGAUGCCGCCGGAGAGGGGGAGGAGGCGGGGGAGGACGGAGGAGAAAGGAGCGUGUUGGGAGACGGGCUGAGGCGCAGAGAGGCGGUCGCCCCACAAGAAACAGGCGGGGAGGGCCAAGGGCAGAGGAACAUGGUGGUCCGCCUGAAGUUCCUCAACGACACGGAGAGGCUGGCCCAAGUUGAGCCCCAGGACACCAUCGGAUACAUCAAACGGACGUACUUCGCGGGCCAGGAGCACCAGGUGCGGCUCAUCUACCAGGGCCAGCUGCUGCAGAACGACGCCCAGACGCUGGCCUCCCUCAACCUGGCCCACAACUGCGUGCUCCACUGCCACAUCUCCCAGCAUGCAGCGCGCAGCACGCCGGUGGGAGCCCCUCCCACCCACCAGGUUCAGGUGGCGCUCAACGUGGGCAGCCUGAUGGUGCCCCUGUUCCUGCUCAUGCUGUCGGUGCUGUGGUACUGCCAGAUCCAGUACCGGCACUUCUUCACCGCGCCCGCCACCGCCUCCCUGGUGGGCGUCACCAUCUUCUUCAGCCUGGUGGCGUUCAGCGUCUACCGCCGCUGAAGGCCACACCCCCUCCCUCCCUAAAAGACACGCCCAUCCCCAUGAGGUCACAUGCCUUCUCCUUCCCUCCUCAAGCCUCGCCCCCUCCCUCAAGCCCCACCCACAUAACAGGCUCCUCCACAUCAAGCUACACCCCUGGCUCCAUAAAGCCACGCCCCCUACCUGCUCUCAACCAAUGCCUCCCGCAAUUCUCUCGCGCUAGCUAGCUAGGCUGCUUUCUACUUUGCUAUAACUGCAUCUUUGCCUGUUUGCCGUAAUGCAGAAGAACGCACGCAGGAGCGGCUGCGCUAUGACCCAAACCAACUUCCUGUAUCCUGACCUUAGCCCCGCCUCCGCAGCCCCACACCUCUAACCUUGUGGGCCUCUGGGCUCCAGUGAGAAAGACUGCUCCGGCUUGCCGUUAAGAGUCUGUUGGCCCCCCCCCUUCAUUUGCUACGCUGGACGGUACUCGAGGGGAGACGUCGCCGUGACGACCGAGCUGGAGAGAUUAGCGUUUUUGUUUGGUUUAUUUCGAUGAUUACAGUUGACUCAUGGUGCCUGGUGUCGCUGCCUGUGUCGUCCAGCCCAGACCGGGCUGGCAUGGAGCACAGGAGCAUUUCUGUCUGUCUUUCUGUCCGUCAGUCUGCUCACUAAUUGACGAACACCCACGAACACCCCUCUCCACAACUCCCCUGUCUGUCUCUCUCUCUAUCAUUGAUACUAGGAUAAUCUACAGAGGGACUGUUUGUCUGCCAUUAUGGAAGUGUAAAAUCUUUAGUGUAAAAUAACACUUUUGAGGAAAAAUUAGUUAUAUUAAAUAUUUCUUUUAUUUAUACUUGUUGUCUUUGCUUUUUUGCCAUGUAACCGCCAAACAUUGGACAUUUUCCAAAUACAAACAUAUAAUCGAAGAGUGUUCGAUUAUAUUGUGGUUGACUGGGACCGGUUGUGCCUACUCUCCCAGAAUCCCAUGGGGCGGGAGGUCAUCGUUUAGUGACAUCACACAUAUAGAUAGAUAGAUAAGUCUACCCAGUGGACUGUACUAAAAGCAUCGAGGGGAACACUCCCACUGGUGAUAUCACUUUGGGGCAGAGGUCAGCUGUAGGUAGCUGUAGUAUAUCAGACAAUAAUAGUUUGUUUCAUCAAUAGCAUAAUGAGGUUUAGAGUUACAAAUUAAAAGUCUGUACAUCCCUGAUAGUGGAUUCUCCCGGUUGGAAGGUCAUUUUGGGUCUUCUUCCCAAUUGUCAACAGACCAACGCCUACGGGUGCUCCUACUAAACACACGUUAUACGGGCAAAGUCUAGUCGACAUUUUACCUUUAGCAGACGCUUUUAACCAAAGUGACUUACAUGGAGUGCGAAAGUCUUUCCGUGCUGGUGCAGCCAAUCUAUAAUCAAGCAGAAAAUAAUAGACCAUUAAAAACAUUCAUAAUUUGGAGAAAAAAACGUUUGAGAUUUUUCGCCCAGAUUCCUUAUUUUUUUAACGUUCCUUGUAGAAAUAUAAUACUGGCUAGUAAAGCUCGAGGUAUUGCAACUAAACUGCUUGUAGAACCUGCAAGCAGUUUGUUUGCGAACCUGCCCGUUGUGAGGUAGAAGUAGGUCCUACUGUGGUAUUUCUGGUCGCCACAGGGUGGCAGUGCAAUCCAAACUGUCUAAUAGUUGACGGGUUAUUAUCCUAGAUCCAUAAAGGGCACAGUUUGGCUGGUAAAGUCAGAGCAUGUGCGUGUCUGGCUGUGUGUUUUUUAACACGUUUAAUUUGUUGAAAAGUGUAUGACUUAAAUGUGAAAGGAAAACUUAUUUUCACAACACCUGUGAGACCGCAGGUGUUAUGGACCAGAGUGUAAAAAUAACAAUAAACUCACACUUAUAGCUUCUGGUUUCUGAGAAUUCAA